AUGGCCAAGGCAGCAAAUGUGCAUUGCUUCACCAUUGCCGCUGGCAAGAGAGCCUUGGAUGGUCCUGUCACCACUCUGGCUGUUAUUUAUUUAUUAUUUUCUUACAGGAAGCAGAUUCGACCCCUUCUAGGACAGUUUAGCCAGUCAGAGGCUUUGUUAAUCUCGUCUGGAGUUGAGCCAGGGACUCUAGACGGAGUUCUCUUGGAUGCUGGCUGUUCUUCUAUGCAAUUUGAUACACCUGAAAGAGGUUUUUCCCUGCAGAAGGACGGACCUUUGGACAUGAGGAUGGAUAGUGACAGGUUCCCUGCCAUGCCCACUGCCGCUGAUGUUGUGAACGCUUUAGAUCAAGGGGCGCUUGCGUCCGUCCUGAGAACGUACGGGGAGGAGAGGCACGCCAAGAAAAUCGCUGCAGCCAUCGUGCAGGCACGCAGCAUCUACCCCAUCACCAGGACUCAGCAGCUUGCCAGCAUUGUUGCAGGUGCUUUUCCAGCAUCAUCAGUGUAUUCACGAAGAGAUUUGCUUCAGAGACCAGCACACGUUGCUACCAAAACUUUCCAAGGUCUGCGGAUAUUUGUAAAUGAUGAACUCCAUCAACUCUUGAUUGGGCUGAAGACGGCUGAGAAGUUUCUAAAACCUGGAGGUCGCCUCGUAGCCCUCUCCUUUCAUUCCCUAGAAGAUCGUAUUAUCAAACGUUUUCUUCAUGGAAUAGACAUGACAGAAAAGUUCAAUCUUGGCUCAAGACAGAAGAUAAGACAGGCUCUGAAAAAUGGCUCCAAAAAAGAAGAUACACAAGAAUUUAGCUGUGAAAAAUCCAACUCAAAGUGGAUUCUUAUGCGGAAAAAAGUGCUCACACCCCAGGCCAAGGAUAUUGAAACAAACCCAAGAGGGAGGUCGGCCAAGCUAAGAGCUGCUAUUAAACUCUGA